UGAAAAUCGGCGACAUAAAAUAAUUUCUCUUCGGAUUAUCUCGGAAUGAAAGGCAGUCUAUCGAGAUAAAUUUGUGCAUGUGCACGGAAUUUCAAUGGGAAAUUUGAACGUUAUUGUCAAAAACCAUUGUACAUCGUUAGAAAUCAUAAGGAACCAAGUAUCAUAAGACGAUAAGCUUAGAUCUGAUAAUGUGAUAAUAAGACUAAAAGACAAUGUCCGAUCCUGAUCCUUAUCCAAAAGUUGUCUACCCCGGUGAGAUUGGCCCAGGGGCGGGGUACGGCAGCGAAAAAUUCCAGCUGCUCCUGUCAGCUAUCAGUAAUUGUGCUGUUCCACUUGUACAUCAACUGAUUCAACAGGAUCCUGGUAUUGUUCGUGAGAAGGGUUGGCACGGACAGACCGCAUUACACAAGGCUUGUUUGUGUGGGGAUUGGUCAGUGAGCUACCUGUUACUGGAAGGAGGCUCUGACCCUAAUGCCCAGAAUGACUUCGAUGAAACCCCAGUGCACUACUCCUGUAAGAGGGGCCUGGCUCAGAUUAUUCACCUUAUAGUACAAAGGGGAGGUAACCUGGAGGCUGUAGACAAGAAUGGAAAGUCUGCUGCUCAUCAUGCAGCCCAGACAGGGAGUGUCUAUGUAAUGAAGUUUCUUGAAAUGAACGGAGUGAACUUCAAUGCAGUGGACAGAAACUUGCAGACACCAUUACAUAUAUGUUGUCUACAUGGUCAUGUAGAUGCCUUUAAAUUUCUGAUCAAAGCAGAGAGAACCAAUCUGACCCAAGUAGAUGGGGAUGGAAACACUGUCCUUCAUAUUGCAGCACGGGAGGGACACCCUUAUCUGUGCUGGGAACUCCUGGUCGUCAUGGGGUGUGGUCCACUGCAUUUAACCAACCGCGAAGGAUUCACUCCAGCAGAGCUGGCAGCACAAAGAAAUAAAUAUGGACACAAAGAAAUCACACCAAUACUCCAAUGGCUUGCCAAAAAAGACACAAAUUAUAUUCCCGGGGGACCAGUUUUCCUCUGGUGGUGGCUCCUCUCUAUGCCCACCGUGCUGUAUGCUGCUAUUGCCCUCGCUGCUUUCUAUGUACUCCCUAAACAUCAGGGGAUGGUGUACUUUGCUGGAAUGAUCUGUCUUAUUCUAUGUCUCAUGAGACAUUCCCAUAGAAUUUACCAUGUUUCUAGAUGGCCAGAUCCAGUGUAUGCAGGAACAUUCUUUGCAGGACUUUUACACACAGCUAUAUUACAGCUGUUUUUUCUGGUGCCUAAUUGUAAUGAAUAUCCCACCUUCAUCGUACUAGCGAUACUGUUUGCCUUAGUGAUGGUUUAUUUGUAUAUCAAAGUGCUCAGAAGUGAUCCAGGAAUUGCCAAAGAAUCGAUUCGAGAUCAAGAGAGUGGGAAACACAUGACACUGAUGGACCUGUGUGUGCCUCAAAGAAAAACCGAUCAGUUCUGUGGCAGCUGUGAGAUUGUCAGAGGUCCUAGAACAAAGCACUGUCGUCUGUGUGAAAAGUGCUAUGAAAACAUGGACCACCAUUGCCUUUUCCUGCUAACCUGCGUGGCCAAGAAGAACCAUGCUCUAUUCUGUUGGCUCAUCAUUAGCUGUCUGGUUUCCAUGACAUUGUUCUUGGUGCACUGUGCCUUGUAUGUUUCCAGAUUUUACGCUGAUCGGACGUGGAGCAGCACCUUGUAUACUAUGUUUUGGUCCGACUGCUGGCUGCUGAGUUUGAUAGCCAUGAAUGCUGCCUCCAUAUUUUGGGGCGUUAAUCUCCUAAGGUUUCAAUUAACACUGGUGUCUAAAGGUGUAACCACGGUCUUCAUGAGGAAAUCCUCGUCGGCCCUUACGCAGCAGGAGAGACUCGUCAACAUUUUCUACUUUUUGAUUGGAAAGCAGCCCUUUGCUGAAGAUCCUUUGAUCUGUUCACCAAACAUGCAGAGUGUUUAAGUGUCUUUGUACUUCUGAUGUGUUGUAAACAUGUAACAGUAAAUGUGUUUACUGCGUUUUUUCCAAACCGUGAUCCAACGGAGAUUUUCAGAAACGUAUUUGUAUACCGGUACUAUAGGGAACUAAAGAUCUAAAAUGAAAUCCUGUUUUCAUAUUUCAAAUAGACACUGGCGUGGAGGAUUUCUGUCAGGUGCAUGUUUAUUUGUAUUGAGUAUUUUAACUUGAAUCUGUACAGAGUAGGUACAGUAGAAAUUGAAUGUUACAACAAUAUAAAACCCCAUGACUUGACUUCGCCACCAUCAGGUGUCAGUCGUUGCUCUUUUACUCUAUUUUGUAUUUGUUAUUGUACGUUAGUCAUGUUUUAACCAAGUAAUACCACACAUUCAUCUUCUACAAUAUAAUGAAAUAUUGUUGUAAUAUAUAUAUGUAGUUGUUGAAUAUUUUAAAAUAUUUAUAUACAAUUCCUAA